UGUUUAGGCGGACAGGACGGCUCCUGCGCCGGUGGCGGCCCGUGAAGAGGAGGGGCAAGGCCCCGGUCCUAGCCUCAGCUUCACACAGUUACUCCACCCUCAUCCCGGCAGCAUGGCGGUCUGCCUCACAGGACACGCAGCGAGAACGCUGAGGGCGUCGGCGGGAUGCGCCGCUCGGCACACACGGCAGGUGGUCCAAAUAAUCCCCGUGAGAUGGUUAAACCUUCAGGAAUACCAGAGCAAGAAAAUCAUGGCAGAUCAUGGGGUCACAGUUCAGCGAUUCUUUGUGGCUGAAAACUCACAAGAUGCCCUCGAGGCUGCUAAGAAGCUGAAGGCAAAAGAGAUUGUUUUAAAGGCUCAAAUCCUGGCUGGUGGCAGAGGCAAGGGCAGCUUCACCAGUGGACUGAAGGGAGGAGUUCAUUUAACCAAAAACCCUGAUGAUGUUGGCCAACUAGCCAAACAAAUGCUUGGGUACAAUCUCAUUACAAAGCAGACCACAAAGGAAGGUGUUAAAGUUAGCAAGGUUAUGGUGGCCGAGGCCCUGGAUAUUGCCAGAGAAACAUAUUUAGCUAUACUGAUGGACAGAGCCUGCAAUGGACCGGUCAUGGUUGGAAGCCCCCAGGGAGGAAUGGACAUUGAAGAAGUAGCAGCCACUAAGCCUGAGUUAAUAUUUAAGGAGGUCAUUGAUAUCUUUGAAGGGGUUAGAGAAGAUCAGGCAUUUCGAAUGGCUGCCAAUAUAGGAUUUAAAGGACCACAGCAGCAAAAGGCUGCAGAACAGAUUCAGAAACUAUAUACUUUGUUUUUGGAAGUUGAUGCCACUCAGUUAGAAGUGAAUCCUUUUGGUGAAACACCAGAUGGGGAAGUGGUUUGCUUCGAUGCCAAGAUCAACUUUGAUGACAAUGCAGAAUUCAGGCAAAAGGAUAUUUUUUCUCUGGAUGAUGUAUCAGAAACUGAUCCCUUGGAGUGUGAAGCAGCAAAGUAUGACCUUAAAUAUAUUGGCAUGGAUGGAAACAUCGCUUGCUUUGUUAAUGGAGCCGGUCUUGCAAUGGCUACGUGCGAUAUCAUCGAUCUUCAUGGAGGGAAGCCAGCAAACUUCCUUGACCUGGGCGGUGGUGUCCAAGAGAAUCAAGUGUACCAAGCAUUUAAGCUGCUUACUGCCGACCCAAGAGUUGAAGCAAUCCUUGUCAAUAUUUUUGGUGGAAUAGUCAAUUGUGCAAUCAUAGCAAAUGGCAUAACAAAGGCAUGUCGUGAACUUAAACUGGAAGUACCACUUGUUGUGAGACUUGAAGGAACCAAUGUUAAUGAAGCCAAGCGCAUCCUGAGUGAGAGUGGAUUGCCAAUUACUUCUGCCGGUAACCUGGAAGAUGCAGCCAAGAUGGCAGUCGCCAGUGUGACUUCAAAAUAGCUUAAUGAAGGAAGUUUACAAGUGAUUAAUUUUCUUUACAUUGAACUGCUCAGCUACUUUGAGUAAUUUUGGAACAAUAAUUUUACAAUUUUUCACCCAAUUAUGUGUUAGAUCUAAAGAAAUAUUAAUACAUUUAUACAAUGUCUGCUGCUAUUACAGAAAAGUUGUAAGUUCGGCAGCUUUUAAAAUAACAUUGAAUUAUGUACUUUAAAUAAUUCCUACAUAUCAAUAGUUAUCUUUUAUGAAAAUAUGAUUUUUCUAUUUCUGUGAACUCUGAAUACUAUAACAUUAUGAAAUAUUUUCUGAAUACCUUUGUGAUCUUCAGUUAUUGCAAUAAGACCUCAACUUUUGCCUUAAUCGUAAGAUUGAUUAAAACGUUAAUAAUGAUUUAACAGCAGUGAAACUGGUGCUGUUUCAUAAGCCUUAACCUUCCUUUAGUGCCAAGAAUACAAAUCUAUUCCCAGCUGGUACAUACACAACUUGGCACAGUUAAGUCAGUUGUACUGUUGGCAAUGUGCCAGUGGGCAAAUAAUCGUACUAAACUAGUUUUUUGUUCUCUUUGCCUUUCUUUUUAUGAAACUUAUUUUUACUAUGCUAGAAGUUUACUGCCUGAACCAUGUUGUAAUUUCAAACUUCUGUGACUCUUUGCAAGUCUUCAGUGCUUGAAACAAUUAUGAAAAUAUCUCAGUAUGGGCAAGCAAAAACUAAUUAAUUUCUCAGAUAUGUAACAGAAAGUAUCUUCCAAAAGGCAAAUAAAAUGUUUUCAACUAUG